CGUCUGCGUCUCCUGACUCGAGACCCUGGGUUUGGAGUGGGAAGUGAGGUGUGAUAAGCGGGUCGCUUUCUGAUGAAUUCACUGGCUGUGGAAUUGGAACCGGAGGGCAGUCUCGCCUCCAGAGCCUGGUACUCGUGCCUCCUGUCCCCUCUUCUCUUGUGCUCCGACGGUUCGAGAGAUUUAUCUGCCACGCGUACACAUCCUGAGAACAGGAGUUGAAUUAGUUCUCAAUAAUGGGAAGAACCUACAUUGUAGAAGAGACUGUUGGCCAGUAUCUUUCAAAUAUCAGUCUCCAAGGAAAAGCUUUUGUCUCUGGUCUUUUGAUAGGACAGUGUUCUUCACAAAAGGAUUAUGUGAUUCUUGCCACUAGAACACCACCCAAAGAAGAGCAAGAUGAGAACCUCAAACAUCCCAAAGCUAAGUUGGAUAAUUUGGAUGAAGAAUGGGCCACAGAACAUGCCAACCAGGUAUCCAGAAUGCUACCAGGAGGACUUUUAGUUCUUGGAGUAUUUAUUAUUACAACUUUGGAACUGGCAAAUGAUUUUCAGAAUGCCCUGCGCAGACUAAUAUUUGCUAUGGAAAAAUCUAUGAAUAGAAAAAGACUGUGGAAUUUCAAAGAGGAUGAAGUCUCAGAACGAGUGAUACUUCACAUUUGCUCAUCUACUAAAAAAAUAUCUUGUCGAACUUAUGAUGUCCACGACCCAAAGAGUUCAGCAAGACCAGCCGAUUGGAAGUAUCAAAGUGGACUGUCUACUUCAUGGCUUUCUCUAGAGUGUACUAUUCACAUUGAUAUUCACAUUCCACUUUCUUCUACUUCUGUCAACUAUACUCUGGAAAAAAAUACAAAGAAUGGACUUAUACGCUGGGCCAAGCAAAUAGAAAAUGGUGUUUAUUCGAUUAAUGGACAAGUUAAAGAUGAAGAUUGUGAUCUAUUAGAAGGACAAAAAAAAUCUUUGAGAGGAAAUACUCAAGCAACUAGUCAUUCUUUUAAUGUGCAAGUGCUAACACAGUUGCUUCUGAAUUCAGACCACAGAUCUACAGCCACAGUUCAGAUCUGCAGUGGUUCUGUAAACCUUAAGGGUUCUGUGAAAUGCAGAGCUUAUAUUCACAGCAACAAGCCCAAGGUUAAAGACGCCGUGCAGGCAGUGAAGAGAGAUAUAUUGAACACAGUUGCUGAUCGUUGUGAAAUACUGUUUGAGGACCUGCUUUUGAAUGAAAUCCCGGAAAAAAAAGAUUCUGAGAAAGAGUUCUACAUUCUCCCUUACCGAGUUUUUGUCCCCGUUCCUGGAUCCACUGUAAAAUUAUGCGAUUAUAAAUUUGGUGAUGAAUCUCCUGAAGAAAUCAAAGACCAUUUUAUAGAGAUGUUAGAUCAUGUGAUUCAGAUAGAAGAUUUGGAAAUUGCAGAGGAAAUAAACACAGCUUAUAUGAGUUCCUCUAUGAAUAAUGAAGCUUCCUUGGAAAACAAAGAUGAUAAACAGCUAGAGCAACCAAUUAAAACUACAAUAGUAUUGAAAAUUCGGCAAAACAUAGGUGUGAUUGCAGCAUUUGCAGUUGCAGUCCUUGCCGCGGGUAUCUCCUUUCAUUACUUCAGUGAUUAGGGUGAGGCACAAAGAGCUUCCUGAUCAUCCAGAGAACACUGAUCAACAACUAUGAACAAUAAAGAUACAAACAGUCCAUCUAUAGUCCAGAUACUAGCAGUCAGAUUUUCUACCACAAUGCCUAUUAGAUGUGUUCAUUUCUGACUAAUGUGAAUUCACCAGCUGCCUUGUUCAGCAUCUGAACAAUAUAAGCAUAUAUUAUAGGCAGCUCAGGUUUCCAAAAAUAAAGUUAUGCAUCUAGAUGAGAGUUGCAUGAAGCAAACCAUUAUCUAUUUCUGAAAAGGUUCAAAAUGUGGGAUAUUAACAGAUUUUAGUCCUGUUGAACUAGAUCAUGUAUUGAUGAGGACAUUAAAAAUGUAAACAGUAUUGACUCCAGUAGCUUUCUACUAGGCCAGCAGGAGAAAUUUCUCUCAAAUGUGAUUCACAUCUCUUUCCUUCCUCCUGGUUUUAGGCAGAAUGCUUAUAACAAUACUGCUAGUGGUUUCUGGUAUCCAGGAAACCAAAACUCACUGGUAUUCACAAUUCCCAAGUAAAAAGGUGUUCAUUUUUGUGGAAGAGGAAAGAUUGAGGUGUGAUCUCCUGAAGAUUUUUUUCCUACUUCUUUUGAGCCUAUUCAAAAGCAGAUUUUAUUCAGGAUCUAAUUGUUUAUCUUCAAGGACCUUUCUGAUACAAGCUCAGGUGAUCAAGGGCUAAGGAAUCUUUCCAGAGAGGUUUGAAUCAAUAAGGAAUAACAAAUUAUGUGCUUUCUCAGGUUAGUGUAUCAUAACUUUCUUAAUAUAUUAAAUAGGACUUUGCUUCCAUCAGUAUAAUAGACUAGACACUAUCAAACAAUUAGAUGUGAAUCUGAGAUGCUGCCCUAGCCAGAACAGUUGAAAAUUAAAUAGCCGCCAGUUCACAGACCUCUGUAGCUUCUGGCAGAAACAAAGGUGAAGCACUUGUAAUUUAGGCCAAAGAUUCCCAUAGAUUAUGAUUGGCAAUAUCAUUUCAUGACUAGAAAUUAUGCCACAAGGUAAAACCAGGUAGCAUGAGAAAGAACCAAUGGAAAAAGUAAACAUUGAACUGAGUUCUCCAAAUGGAGAAGGAAACCACAAGGCACUUCUGAAAAAGAACCAAAUUAGGAGUAAGAAUGUGUUUGUUGAAGUAAGUAAAAAGAAACUCUGAUUUUGGAUUGUGCAGAGGGGCGUAAAGGGAAGGGUGGGGCAGUGGGGAUGAGAAGGAUGGCAGAACGAGACAGUCAUUAUUACCCUAUAUACUUGUACAAUCACACUGCUGAUGUGACUCAGCACCAUGUGCAGCCAGAGGACUGAGAAUGUCAAGGUGCAUCCUACUGUCAUGUGUAACUAAUUUAGAACAAAUUAUAAAAAUGUAAAAAAAAAGAAAAAGACAAAGGAAACUCUCAGGUAUGUUGAGUAUUGUAGUAGACUCAGCUGAAAGCUCAAUCUAAAGAUGUCACCAAGGAGGCAGCAAUGCAAAUUAAAGGAGCUAGAAAAUAUUAGUUAAGAGAGAUAGAGGGAAGAACUGUUAAGGACUAGGAGGAGAAAAUAGAAUGGAAAAGAGGCAAUAUUUGAAAAGUUGACAGACUUUCCACAUUUUUUGGAAAAUGUGAAUUCACAAAUUCAGAAAGCACAAUAUAUCCCAAAUAUAUAUUUAAACCAAAUCCAUGGCUAGACCUAAUGUAGUGAACUGCAUGAUAUCAAAUAUAGGAUUUCAAAAGCAGCUAGAGACACUAUAAAGAUCUUCAGUGAAUACAAGACAAUCAGAUAUUUAGUAGGCUUCCUGAUAGCAACAGUAUGCCCAGUAUACCCAAAAGGUGGUAGAAUAAUGUUCCAAAUCCGAGAAAAACUAUCAGCUUAGAAUUAGCAUGAUGCAAAAUUGACUGUCAACAGAUCUUCAUUUAAAACUGCAGCAGGAUGAUCUUCAACAGGGAAAAUUUCUCCAAAAGGAUGAUCUGGAAUUGAAGAACCAGUAAGCAAAUAGAAUAAUAAAUAUAUGUAAAUGUGAAGCAUUGUUUGUAUAAAACAAUCAUAAAGGAAGGAGCAUUUAUAAAAAGCUGUAAACAAAUAUAAUUGUAAAUAAAUAUUAUUAUAAAACAUUAAUGACGUGGAAUUUUCAAAUAAGAAUAUAAUUGGAAAGCUGCAUAGUAGCACUAAGAUGGGAA